UGUGGAGCAAGACACUGUGGGAUGACUUUAAUAUCAGGAGUUCUCUGGUACCGCUGAAGAUAAACGACCUAUAUUUUAAGAUAACGGAAAACCGCAGAACAUGGGAAUGGUCAGAUUGAUUUCGCACUAAUUCUACUUGCCUCAGAAGGGUUUGGCGGGAAGUCAGCUCGCUAUUUUGAGGUGAAGUAAGCUUACUUUGCAAAAUGACAGAGGAAUUUAUGUUCGUAUAGAUCACCUCGAAGCUCUACGAUUUCAACAUGACAAGUAAACUCAUGCAGCUAAUCGAAACACGGACCAAGCGGCCGGUUUUUGAUGAAUCAGAGUUAAAAGUUAGCUCGCACUGGAAACUUAUCAAGACAGCAAUCAAACAAGAACAUGGCGACGACCCCAAGAAACUGGAUGAAAAACAGGCUCGAAAUGUCGGGCACGGCGUCCAUCCAGUCAGUUCUUUGGAGUCCGAGGAAGACCUUUCUUUUGUAACUUUCAACUCUUUCAAUGAUAACUUCGUUGGGAUCGACUGCGAGGGUAAAGCGUCUGUGUUUUUGAGAACCGGUUACAGAGAAGAUAUCAACAGCAAAAUCCUAAGAGAUCCCAUUUGUGGGAUAGUGUAUGCAAGGAGAACUAGAUUCUAUGUUGCCUGGGGAUUUGAUGAAAAUAUAAGAUUAUUGUCAGAUGGCUUCAAAGUCAUAAGUGUGGCAUCCUCAGUCAGCAGGAUAUUCAGUGGAGUGUAUAAUGAAGCAACAAAUGAGAUCGUAACUGGAGGAGUUGGAAAUGUCACGUGCUGGAGCUUUAGAUAUGGCGCAAAGUUUUUACUUCAGCGCAAAGUUCUGUUGGAAGGUAUGCCACCGGCUAGUACUAUAUCAUUGCUAUGUCUGGAGGACACUCCCAGCAGAUCUCAGAGAUGCUUUGCAGUGUAUCAUAAUAAUGUAAUUAUUUACAACCUUCUGAAUGGAUCUUGUGUGGGUCAUCUGAAAGAGCUGCACCCUAGAGAGAUCACUGCUGUACUGUUCUUCAAUCCACUCAAGUACCUUAUUACAGGAGCAAAAGAUGGCUCCAUUAAAGUCUGGGAUGACAGAGGCAACAUCAAGAUCAUCUUUGUCGGCCAUUUAAAGUCAGUCGACACAUUGGCGGUAUACCCGUUUGGUACUUACAUCAUGUCAGGUUCAAGUGACUGUACCAUCAGAGUCUGGAGUUUGGAUACAGCUGAUGAAGUCGAUAGAAUAGACACUAAGGAAGCAGUCAUGGGACUCGGGACUAUUGCAGGAAAGAGUGACUUGUACUCAUUUGGACGGAGGUCUAUUGAGUUGUGGAGGAUCGAGCACAUCCAUAGUGUCUUUGCAACUGUAGGAAGUAAAAUCAAAUCCAUCAAGCCCACGACACAUCCCAGAAUGCCGUUAAGACUGGUGUGCACGUGUAGUGACGCCACAGUACGCCUGUUGUCUCCAGGCUCCGGAGAGUGUAUCACCACAAUGCUGUUACCAAGCAUGAGUAUCAUUGCUGAUGUGGCUUACGCUGCUGCUGAAAAUCUACUAUUUACCUUGCUCUCAUGUGGUAAAAUCUUAAAGGCAUCCACUAGGACUAAUCCGUGCAAGAAAAUUCAAGAGUGGGACACAAAGACCAAUCCAGAUGCACCGAGUUCGUGUACUUGUCUUUGUCUUUAUGAAUAUGUCGUUGAGGACGAGCUUGAAGGCGAUUCGUGGGGAGACCUGGUCACCAACCUGAAAACCAAGAAAAGAGCAGAGGAACUUGAGAAUCAAGGACAGAGUGUUAAUGCUUAUGACCGAACCCUGCUGCUCGGUGGCUGUGUCAAUGGUCUGAUUGUCGUGUUUGACUGGCAGAACGAAAAGACCCCCGGCAAAGUGUCCUUUCAAAUUGAGGCGCACAGAGACGAGGUGAUAACCAUGGUAGCUAAUCCAGUAGUUGAUCAAGUCGUAUCUGCUGGUCUGGACCGCGUGAUCAAGAUUUGGCGCCUUUUCCCGUUCGCUCAGGAAGCCCUGGCCCCUCUGAUGAUGUUGUACUGCCAUGAGACGCCCAGGCUCCUGUCCGUGGCACACCACAAACUGUGCGCCGCAUUCCACGAGCCAUCCACAGCUUCAUAUAACAUUGUGGUGUUCAAAACCACUCAAAAAAAACGGUUUGAUCAUAGCAGUGAUUCUGAUCACAUGGAUGACGUCACGGGAUUGACCAGCUGCUCCAAGAUGAGGCUGUUUGCGUCAUGCAGUGCUGAUGGCUCCGUGAGAAUCUGGGACGAGGCCAAUAGACUCUUGCGUGUCAUCAAACUGAAUGCCACUCCCACCAGCAUUUGUUUCUGUAGUCAGAAAGGUGACCUGAUUGUGGGCAUUGGCAAACAUCUUCACAAAAUCAACUACGCUUCUUACAUGCCACAAUCGUACAUUUUCCGAAUGGUGGCGAUGGAUUUCCGAAGGGUUGUUUCCGAGGCACCGAUGGAUAUCGAUGCAGACGUAAGAGGCGGUCUAACACCCGAAGAAUGUGCGCGGCUGACUCGAGUCAAGUCGUCGCUCGAUAAGUACAGUGGAUUUCAAGACACGCUUCCACAAGACGAAAUGGAUGAAAAGAUUCAAGAAGAGGAGAGGAGAAGUCUGGCUUUCGCAAAGAUUCAGGACCGUGAAAAUGAGCUUAGAAAACUUCGCGACGGAACUUACGAAUUCACCAGGAAACGACAUAACAUUGACACGGAGACAGUUCGCGGCGAAGCGUUUGAAAGAUACUUGGAAAUAUUUUACAAGCGGCCGCACUUCGAUCUUCCAGACGACACCUUGGACGACGACGAAGGUUAUGGUUACGAAGAAGACGGAGAAGAACCGUACUCGCCUGAUAGAGGCCAGGGGUUUUUCUCGAUAAGCAGACAGUCUACUAGAUCAAAGAAAAGCCAGUCAUCCCCUGAGAAACCUCCAAAACCCGAGAUCAUGAGCUUGUCAAUGUCGGAGUUUGAACCGAUAAAAUUGCAGGAAGACAGUCAAGAGACUCCUGUACUUCCUUCCACGAAGGAACUCGACGAAAUAUCGCGAUCUGAACGCCCUUUCACCAUGGAAACAGAAAGCGAGAUCUUCUCGCACGGAGAGACAAGUUCCAGGGUCUCUCGUUCGGCCCCCAGUCACAAACGGGAUUUCCGAAGUCAUCCGAUAGAACCACCGCUCGUGAAUCGGGACCGCGAUCGAUACGUCGUCGAUGUGCCGAAGUCUAAACGGUAUCCUUCGCCGAGCCAAUCUGUUCAACUGGUAUCGCAGAGACUUUCGCGAAUGGCUUCACAUAAAGCGGAGGUUGAAGACGAGGAGAUGUUCGUUAUCGCGCCUGAUGGCUUCAUUCCGAACUCCGUCGUUGUGGCCAUGUUUAAGGAUUUAAGAGAGGAGGGUAAAGAGGAGGCUGAACCGUGGAAACCGCCGCAGUUGACUGCAGAGCAACUGGCUGAAUUGGAGAGCAGGAAGAAGAAAACUGCCAAAUCUCCUGAAAGUCCAAAAGCCAAGAAGGGGAAAGGAAAGUCUAAGUUUGCGGAUCAACUUCAACUUGCUUUACGAGACGUUCCCUCACCUGAGCCUAUCGAUGAGACCGAGCUCUUCAAAUCCCCCACACCGACGCCACCCCCGUCGCCUCCCCCGGAAGUGGAGCCGUCACCUACCCGGAUACCCUCCCCAAAGAAGGAGGUAAAACCACUUCGUCCGAUUGAGAAGUUGGUAACAAGACCCAAGCCUCCUACGCCAGAACCAACGCCUCCUCCCCCCAAGGAGCCGACUCCUACCCCAACACCUCCUCCCCCUCCGACGCCGUUACCAUCGUUCAUCAGUCAGUUCAAGGGGACACUGUGGUUUGAAAAGUUCUUUCCGGACGCGAACUCAGAGUCGUUCCCCAAACCUUGGACGGCAGAAAGCUUCGUAGAACUAUUGCUAAGCUUGAUUCAGAAGACAACUGACCAUGAACUGAAGACGCAGAUCUGUGCUGCCAUCAUGUUGUUGCAUCGCCAAGAAGGUUUAAACCGAGAUACAGCCGAAAAGGUCAAUCGCACCAUGAUAGCAGAACUGAAUAUCCCGGAUCACCCUACUGCGCAUGGCUCGUCUGAGGCCAAACAGUUUUUACGUGUGGCUCUGCAGCUGUCGCAUACUAUGAAGGUCUACGAAGUGUCUUUUGUAGCUGAGCUUAUGGCGCAGUUUAUUGAUGGUGAUGAAGAAAUCAGGAAGUUUGUCCGAGAAAUGUUAGCCUCAAUUGGAGUACCAGACACUGCCAGCUACUUUGCUAAAGAACUGGACUUGCUUGAUACUACGGGUAUUCCUGAUAACAGAAGAAAGGCCCGUGUAAAGGACUUGUGUGUUCAGUGGCUCAACAAGUGGCUUGCACAGUUCAGACAACACAUCCGAUCCCUAGCAGGCAAGAUCAGCCGCGCUCAGGCCGGCAGUGUGGUCAAAGGAACAAAGACGCCUAAGACACCCAGCUCUAUCAAGGGAAUCUUGAAAACCGAUAGAGGAAGCUCACAGCAGAGGACAGCAUCCGAGAUGUCUAAACCAACGAGCAUCUCAUUUGACGUGGAGGCGCUUGGGGGCAGAGCCGCUGACACCGCUAUGCCCUCAGAAGCGAUCAACUACUUUUGUGAGAUCAGAAUGGAGGAGGAACUGGAGCGAGCACGCACGCGCACACGUGAGGAGACACCUGUGCAGGCACAGGAUAACUCGAGAAACACUGUCCUUGUUUUGCCGAAAAUACACAGCAAACGGAGUCUCGCGCGCCUGGGAGAAACACACUGCAGUCACUGUCAUCCAGAAAGAGAGACGUCUCUUGCAUUGGCGUUUCCCCUGCCUACAAUCUACCAAACUCGCCGCCGUUUCGUGUUGAACAACAUGGUGCUUCAUCUUAAAACCUUGACACUGAACCCGUUUCAAGAUAAAGAUGAUUUGGCUGUGUACGAGCCGUUUCAACAUUCCCAGUUGCUGACACUGCGAUCGUCACAGAAAUAUUUCUUCCCUGGCCAGUCGUACGUUGAACAAGACAGUCAGAGCUUAGCCGAGCAGAUAAGGAAAGUCUUGUUAUAGUAGAAAACAAAGACCAGUCACUCCUGAAAUUCUCCUGUAGCCUUGGACCUCCGACUCCGCGAGGGCUACAAGGUCAACCAUGGUUGCGCAGUAACACCAUAACACAAGGGAGGACGAUCUAUGUUUAGAUCAUCUUGGUUGCUAUCCAGCCUUGGAUUUGAUACAAAUUUCUUUAUUUUUUUUAUUCCCAACUGACUUAGUUUUGUGUCAGGAAAAAAUUGUAGUUUUCCAAUCCACAAAAGUCGUCUAUAUUUAAUUGACAAUGUACAACUGUCUGGGACACACCAUUGACUGUCCAUGGUUAUUUUGUCUACAUUUAAAUUUGAAAGUCCCUUACUCCUUGGCCUAGGAAAAAAGUAUUAUAUUUUUCAGUUCUAUAAUAGGCUAUCGGUGAACCUGUUUCAUUUGUAAAUAUUCCGAGGGAUUAUGUAUUAAGGCAUUCUUUUUAAUGUACAGAAAAUUUCCAGAGAGUGUUAGAGUAUAUUUUAAUACAUAGACACACGAAAGAGAACAGAGGAAAAAAAUAAUGGUCACUUGAUUAGUGCAUUUGAUGCGUUAAGCGUAAUUAAGAAUUUAAAUUAUUGCCCAAA